CGAUCCCCGGCAACGGCGUUUUGCAUUUUUUGAUAAUUUUUUCAACCAAAAAAUUAUUCUUCCUCCUCCCUUCGUUCGAACCCUAUUAUCUUCAAUUUUUUUUUUUGGUAGUAAAUCGAACUUGGACUAUUUAAUUUUAGGUUUUAAUAAUUUGUGAAUAAUCAAUCAAUCAACGAUGAACAUUGGAUCUUGUUCAAUGUCACGCUUCCAAUUUCCAAUCAGGCUCUUAACAAAACCCUUAAUCUCAAUGCGUUACAAUAAGUCUUUUUUAUCUCUUCAAAAUUCUUCAGCUUCAUCCAUAACCACCACCACCACCACAGAGCUCACAAAAUCGAAGCAGAAUGAACCUUGGUUAAUUGUUGGCCUCGGUAAUCCUGGCAAAACAUUCUCUGGUACACGCCACAAUGUGGGAUUUGAGAUGGUUGAUACUAUAGCUCAAGCAGAAGGGAUAUCUAUGAAAAGUGUUUCCUUCAAAGCUCUAUUUGGAAAAGGUUACAUAGGUGAUGUGCCAGUUAUACUUGCAAAGCCACAGACUUUUAUGAAUUUAAGUGGUGAAUCUGUUGGAGCCAUAGUUUCAUAUUACAAGAUUCCAUUGAAGCAAGUGCUUGUGAUCUUUGACGACUUGGAUUUGCCAUUUGCUAAAUUGCGGCUGCUACCAAAGGGUGGGCAUGGAGGUCAGAAUGGAAUGAAGAGUAUUAUUAAUCACUUGAAAGGGAAUUCUGCUUUUCCUCGCUUAAGAAUUGGCAUUGGACGACCUCCUGGGAAAAUGGAUCCUGCAGCAUUUGUUCUUCGAUCUUUCACUAAACAGGAAAGGGAAGAACUCGAUUUUACUUUACACCGUGGAUUAGAAGCCGUGCGGAUUAUUUUGUUGGAGGGGUUUGAUAAAGGUGCAACAUUUGUUAAUAGUGCCAAAAAGAUAGAACAAAUAGGCUGAGGGAUUGCACACUUUGAACAUCCUUUUGACAGUUUACAGUAUAAACAAACAGAAUCAUCUUGCAAGGAGACACAAGUAAGCUUAAAGUAUUAAACUCGAUCAAGUCUCCGUGUGAUGUUUAAGGGUAGCAUGUGGUCGUCCGUUUAUAAAAUGGGGGUACUCUUUGGGAAACACUCCAACAAGUCACCUUCCAAUAUACUCCAAUUUAUUCUUCCAUAAACUUCCACAUAUUAAAUGUGAUACAUGUUCCAGCGGGAGCUGCAUUUUUCUUUAACAAAGUUUUUUGUGCAUUAUGUUUCUAUGUAUAGAUGCGUGUAAAAUUGCCUUGGGAAGCAACUACAGGUAGUAACAGUAUUAAUUUCAGC